AACUUAUAACAUACAUUUAAUUCUUAUAAUUUUCAACAUGGCAUAUUGCAAUGAAAAUAUUGGAGUGGCACAUGAUUUUCUCUCCAACUUGCAAAUUGAAGCAAUCCAAACAGUGGCGCCAAUGAAGCAAACUGAUCCAAGGAUAUCGCGGCGAGUUCUCAUUGGUGAAAAUUCUGGCUCAGGCAAUUUUCAAAGGCGUUUUCACAUGGUGUUUUGCUAUAACAAGGCGUCAGAGACGGAUUCAGGAUGGAUUGUCGCUGGAUGGAUUAAGGAGUCACUAGGAAAGGCACUUGUUGAAAAACCAUUACUUGCUGGUAGACUUAGAAGUAUAGGAGAAAAUGAUAAUAAUUAUGGGGAGUUUGAAAUUGUGUCAAAUGAUUCUGGUGUUAGAUUGAUUGAAGCUGAAAUGCCAAUGAAUUUUGAUGAUUUUAUUCAUCUUAAGGAAAAGAAAAAUGUAGAAGGUCAGCUUGUAUUUUGGGAUGAUAUUCAUGAGCCAAACACUCAAUAUUCACCACUUUUUUAUGUCCAGGUGACAAAUUUCAAGUGUGGAUACUCGAUUGGGAUAAGUUGUAGCCUUUUUCUAGAAGAUCCUUAUUCCAUGACUAGUUUCUUGAAUAGAUGGUCCAAAAUUCAUGUCAACAUGGUAUCAGAGGCAGAUGCACCUAAAAUUCCAACAUUUUUCCUACCAAAUCUUAGGAAACAAGGGUGUUCAUCAACUUUAUAUUCGAGAUCAAACACAAAUAAUUACCACGUUAACGAUACGUUAAUUUUUAAAUUACCUUUGAAAUUCUUGAAUUUAAGUGAUGAUAUCCACAAGAAUAAUCUUGUAGAAAAAUGUGUUGAAGAGGUAGAGAACAAAUUUGGUAAGAAUUUGUCUACAAAAUUGUGUUUGUUUGUUAGAGAAACCUCAGAGGAUGUUAAUGUUGAAACAUUUUCUAGAGAAGGGAUUAAUCCAUUUGGUUCAAUUAAGACUGAAUUAAUUUCAGCUAAUUGUUGGGAUGAUUUGGGAUUAGCUGAUAAUAUAAGGUUUAAUGAAGAAAAUAAGGCUGUCCAUUUUUCAUGUUGGAUAAUUAAUCCGGGAGAUGAAGAUCUUGUGUUGAUUACUCCAUCUCUUGGUAAUGAAAGUGGCUCUGAAAACAAUGUUUUAGUUACAAUGAGAGAUUAA